CUCAUAAGCUUUUCCAAAGAGUUGUGUGUUAAUUCCUCUCUUCAUUGUUUUUCUCUUCUUCUCUCCAUAACACUCCUAUAUUUGCAAAAAACAACAACCCUUCCUUUUAAACUUCACAAAACCAUGGGAUUCUUAGAAUGCCUUGGCCAUUUCUUUCAAAAUGCAAACCCUUACAUCGCUGUCAUCUCCCUCCAAUUCGGCUACGCCGGAAUGAACAUCAUCUCCACCGUCUCCCUCAACCGUGGUAUGAGCCACUACGUCCUCGUCGUCUAUCGUCAUGCCUUUGCCACCGCCGUCAUGGCACCCUUUGCUCUUGUUCUAGAGAGGAAGGUAAGACCCAAGAUUACAUUUAAGAUUUUCAUUCAGAUGUUUGUUCUUGCUCUUCUUGGGCCACUGAUUGAUCAAAAUUUCUACUACGUCGGGCUUAAAAUGACAUCCCCAACUUUCUCUUGUGCAAUAAGCAACAUGCUUCCUUCAAUGACAUUCGUCAUGGCAGUCAUUUGCAGGAUGGAGAAGUUAGAUUUGAAAAGAGUGAGAUGUCAAGCGAAGUUGUUUGGAACAGUAGUGACGGUGGUGGGAGCCAUGUUGAUGACAUUUUACAAAGGAAGUGUCAUCAACUUCUUCUGGACCGGGCACGGCCACCAACCGAACACACCGCCUACAGGAGACGCGGCGGCGCUCAACCACCACAAUGACAGAGAGUUCAUCAAAGGCUCCAUCUUGCUCAUCAUCGCCACUCUGGCUUGGGCAGCCUUCUUCAUUCUGCAGAUCAUAACCUUGAAAAAAUACACAGCCCAUCUUUCUCUCACCACCUUGGUUUGCUUUUUGGGAACCCUUCAAGCCAUUGUUGUCACCCUCGCUAUGGAGCACCGCCCCUCCGCCUGGGCCAUCGGCUGGGACAUGAAUCUUCUUGCCGCCGCAUAUGCAGGGAUUGUGACCUCAGGUGUUGCAUAUUAUGUUCAAGGUUUGGUAAUGAAAACAAAAGGACCAGUUUUUGUUACAGCUUUUAGCCCAUUGAUGAUGGUGAUUGUUGCUUUCAUGGGAUCUCUCAUCUUGGCUGAAAAGAUUUAUGUUGGAGGGAUAAUUGGAGCUGUGUUGAUUGUAAUAGGAUUGUACUCUGUUUUGUGGGGAAAGUACAAGGAAAGCAAAGAGAAGGAAGUUGAAGAGAUUGUUCAAUUACCAAUGAAAAGUGGAGAUCAAUUGCCUGUAAUAAAUGAUCAAGCCAAUAAUAUUGAAACAAUUCAAAAGAAAGAGGGUUUGGCCAUUAAUAUUCAAUCCAUGGAUUCACUUAACAUGGAGAAGAGGCUUCAAGACACUCACUAAUAAAGCCAAAUUAAGAAUAAAAAAGAGAGAAUCUUGAAGAACAAUAACAGAGAAAUGGCCAAGAAAAAGGGAGGAGGAAAAUUUGAUAAAAAAAAACACUCCUUUUUUUUUUUUUUUUCUUUUUCCUUUUUUGCAUUCUACUUCCAAGCCUCCAUUUUCCCUUUUCCUUUUUUUUUUUUUUUAAACUUUAAUUUUCUUUCUCUCUCUCUUUUUGGUUGGAUAUGUGGGCCUAAAAUAUUGGCCCUUUUAAGUUUUCUACAUGUAAUCUCAUAAAUCCUUGAAGUUAGAGAAUGAGAAUGAAAAAAAAAAAUGCAAAAAAGAAAUGGGGUUUCUUUGGUAAAA